AUGGAGAAGUUUAGCCAGUUCCGUGACAAAGGCUCCGGCAUCUCGCCCUUCAUCCCCGUCAAGACGCCCCUCUCCCCCGUGUCCUCCGUCUUCCACGCCUUCCUCUUCUUCAUCCGACUCCCCAUCUUCCUCACCUAUGUCGCCACCUACUUUCUCCUUCUACAAUACCUCCCAUUCCCCGUGGCUGUCCGCAAAGUGCUCCUCUGGGGCAUGAUGGGCAUCCCGGGGAUAUGGUGGGUCGACUUGCAACUUGAUGGCGUCCGGCGUGGUACCCUCGCCGAGCAGCCGCCCCAACGCUUCCCGCAUCCGGGCUCCGUCAUCGCCGCCAACUUCACCUCGCCCAUCGACGCAAUCUACCUCGCCGCCAUCUUCGACCCAAUCUUCACGGCAUCUUACCCAAAUACCCGUCAAGUCGAGCGAAUUUCCCUCCUCAGCGCCGUCCUCUACGCCCUCUCCCCCGUGCGCUUCGCCCCGCGCCAGGGUGCCAAGCUCACUGACCUCGCGGCCCUGCUCGAAAAGUACCCCGACCGCGUCAUCGCCGUGUUCCCCGAGGGUGGUACCACCAACGGCAAGGGCGUCCUGCCUUUCACCCCAAGUCUCCUCGCUGCGAAGCCCGACGUUCACAUCUUCCCCGUCAGCAUCAGAUAUACCCCCGCCGACGUCACCACCCCGGUUCCCGGCCGCUGGUUCAAGUUCCUCUGGGACCUGCUGUCCCGCCCCACGACCUGCAUCCGUGUCCGUGUUGCUGAGAGCAUCCUCAACUCGUCUGCCGCCCAAACCAACGGAGUGUCUUCCUCCACCGAUAGCGGCUCUGCGCAAAGGAGGAUGGGCGGCGAGCCGUCGUCGUUCUCGACAGAGGAGCAGCGCGUGCUGGACAAGGUAGGCGAGGCGCUGGCCAGACUUUGCCGUAAUAAGCGUGUCGGCCUCACUUUGCGGGAUAAGGCCGCGUUUGUCGACGCCUGGAACGGCCGGAAGAAGUGA